GCCGCGGGUUCGGGAGGCGCUCGGCGGCCAUGUUGGGCACCCGCCGCGGGGCCGGGCCGCCUGGGCGCGUGUGAGCGGCCGACAAGCGGCCCCGCCAGCCCUCCGCCCCGGCCGGCCGGCCUCCCUCCCCGGGCCGCCCCGCUCUGCCGCUUCCCUCGGGCGGGAGGCCCCGAGCCCGCCCUCGCCGCUGCCGGGCCGGGUCCGGGCGGCCUCCCGGGGCCACGACAGGAGCUGAACUCAGUGCAGCCAUGGCCCAGGAGACCAACCAGACGCAGGUGCCCCUGCUGUGCACCACAGGCUGUGGCUUCUAUGGAAACCCUCGAACCAACGGCAUGUGCUCUGUCUGCUAUAAGGAUUUCCUCCAGCGGCAGCAGAAUAGUGGGCGAAUAAGUCCCCCAGCCAGCAGCCCCAGUCCUGCUGCUGUGGAGACCUUCCCUGCAGCAUGUGCAGAGGAGGCAGAACCUACACCUGAUGAUGUCUCAGCCAGAUCAAGCUCUCAGACUCCUGUGACCCACCAGAUGACAGCGAUGAGCAUAUCAAAGGAUGACAGCCAGAGCCAGACAGGCAGCUGCAUCCAGGCAGACGAGGCCAUCGCCACGACUCCCUCAUCAGGUUCUCUUGUCGAGACAUCUCAGAGUUCCUCUGAGGAAGAGAAGUCGUCUGAGAAACCCAAACCGAAAAAGAACCGCUGCUUUGCUUGUCGGAAAAAAGUGGGUCUGACAGGCUUUGACUGCCGCUGUGGAAAUCUGUUUUGUGCCAUGCACCGAUACUCAGAAAAGCACAGUUGUCCCUUUGACUACAAGGCUGAGGCCGCUGAGAAGAUCCGCAAGGAGAACCCCCUCAUUGUGGCUGAGAAGAUUCGGAAGUUGUGAAGUGAGAAAUGUGCCCCCAGCCUCAGCCCCCCCAGAUCCUCUGGGUAUAUGAGCAUUCAGGACUCAGACCUGGGCAGCAGGGGUUGAGGGAGGAGUGCCCCUGUCCAGAAUCUUGCCAUAGAGCAUCUUCUGAACUAAUUAGUUUGGCUAACCUGGGAAAUGGACUCUGUCGGUGGGUGUGUCUGAAUCCUAGCUGCUGUCUCCCUUCCCCCAGGCCCUCCUUUUGGAAGUCCAGCAUGAUUCAGUGACUAGAGGUGAGCGUGGGGAGCCCCAGUCCUUGUCUGCCCCCCCACUGAGGUCCCUUUCCUCUCUGUACAGGCAUGGCAUCCCUGAGGGGCACGGUCACCCGCGCCACUUAAGAGGUCCUUGACUCCUCACCCUGAAGCCAGGCCUCUCCCUCCAGGUGGGGAAUCUGGCUGAAUCUGCCCUGAAGCCAUCUCUGGGGUUUGGGUAUUCCCCAAGAUAAAGAACUCUGCAGCUCGAAAGCCCUUAGACUUGUUUGUGUCCUCUCCCUCCCUGGCUCCAGGGAAGAUAGUGGGACCAGCUCCCCUCAUGUCUCAGCAGGAAGCCUGCCCUCGGUUCUGUAUCUCCUCCCUUCCCUUGCCAUCUCCCAGGAUUUCCCAGCACCCCCAGCACAGCGGGGCCUUCCUUUCCAGUGGUCAAGAGGGUCCCCUCUCAACUCGGAUCUUCCUGCCAACCACAGGAGCUGUUUGGGACCCAGUCAUAAGAGAUGCAUUGAAGAGGGUCCCCUCCCUUCCCCCCCAACCCCAUCCCCCACAUCCUUCUUCCCUCCUCAUGCAAUCACUUUGCUACCUAUGUUCUGCCUUACUGUGCAUUCCCAGUUCUCGGGUUUGCAUAUCCACUUCAGACCAGCACCCUGUCUUCCCUCACAGGGAAAAAUCUCAGAGGAACCUUAGCUUUGUGUAAAGGUAUUGCCGAUAGUUAGCAAGCCUGGGUGAAGGGCAGAAGCAAAUUGGUUCUCUGAUUCAGUACCUUCCUCCACCUUGCUCUUGUAGGCACCCACUCCUUCAAGCCUGUGCCCCUGCCUGUGUCAGGCAGGCUCAAAAUGGGAAGCGAAAUGUGCUGAGCAUUGGCCCCCUGAUCCACUGGGCACACAGCCACCUGUCCUCAGGGCACAUGGCAUCUUGAGUAGAUCUUCGGGGCUGGGAGGGAGUGUGCUUCUCCUUGGUGUUCCCUCUUUUCUUCCUGGGAAAUCUUGGUGGGGAUGCAGUCCUGCCUGACAAGCAAACCGGCUUGGUUUAGAGGCGAGGAAUGGUGCUCUGUAGUGGUGUGAAGGAGAAGGGGCCCUGCGGCCAAUUAGGAGGAAGCCCUGCUGGGCAAAAGAAGUGACUCCCUGACUCUUUUGGAGCCCAAGACACCCAGCACCUUAAAAGAGCCACCUGGACCUCUCCAAGAGGCAAAAGGAAAAUGUGUCUGGCUGCCCAAUUGGAUUUGGAAUCUAGUCUCUGCCCCUUCCCCCCUCCCAACCCCCAGCCCAGGGAGUUGAGCCAGAUCCGCACUGGGGUCUUGGCUCAAGAUGGCCCUGCAGGCCCUUCCUAGUGGCCAGUGGGCUGCCAUCUUCUCAGGUCUCCUGCAGCUGCCACAGCUGUUCUGGAUUCUUAGUGAGUGCUGCUGCCUUCCUUGCCACACUUCUUCUGCCUUCUGGAUCCCAUCAGCACGUUCUCCCAGGUGUACCUUUUACAGACAGAUUUUAGGUGGCUGGGCAGGAGCAGCAGUCACAGCCCAUUCACCCCUCAGGACCAGACAUGUCUGCUGCCCUUCAACCUCUUGACCAUGCACACCCUUUGUAGCCCCAAGGGCUGAUUGGUGGGCUGGUGGCCUCCAGCCUACUGCCCCCUUCUCCCUCCUGCUGAACCAGUUUGAUCUUAUUUUUCGUCUCCCCAUCCCCCAACCUCAUGCCCCGCCUCUGUAAAUAUUAAUAUAUGCCGUUUGUCUCCAUGGUGUGCUGUGUCUCACAUCCAGCUUGGGCCCAGAGGGCAGAAUCAGGUGCAUUGUUGGGAGGCAGAUUUAGUCUCCAGCUAUGGAAGAGCUUCCAUAAAAAUUAGAGCUGUCCAAAAGUAGAAGAAGUGCCUGGGGAGGUUGUGAGUUCCCCAUCGCUAGCAGUCAUCAAGCAGUGUUUGGAUGAUCCCCUGUCAGGGACGGUUUAGAGAGGAAGCAGCUCAGGUGGAGAUUGGACCUGAUGCCCUUGGAAGGCCAUGGCCAACUCUGCAGGUCAGGCGUGUAGCCUCUGCCCUUGGUCUUCAUACUGGUCUCCCUCUUUCUGAGCCUGGUGGAGUGGCAGUGGAUGUAGGAAGGGACCUGGAAUUGGGGAGGCCUUUAGGAUCAACCCCUCCCAUCCACGAGGGCUAAUAGCCACCCAGUCCCAGGAAGGUCCUGUGAACAGGGCCAGUUCUGUACCUUAAGAUUGGCUAGCCCCACCUGACUUCUUUGGAGCCCUCCCUAUGUCUCAUGACCCCUGGUAGAUGAGGCAGUUGAAUUUGUUCCCUUUCAGCUCUAAAUCACAUGAUCUAUGAUUUGCCUUAAAGAGGAUUAGACUGGGGUUGUCCAGGAGGAAAUAGGCUUCAGUGCCCCACAUAAGAGCAUAUUCCUUUUUCUCAUUCCCCCACACUCCCCUACUCCCUGGCCAAAACAGCCCAUUUGGAACUAACAUUCUAGUUCUGAAUGCCAGUCCUGCAAGGGACAGGAAACCCCAAUGGAGGGGAGGGGAGCGGAGCUCCAGAAUUUCAUGUCCCCGUCUAUAAAAUGAGACUUGGACAGAAAUAGUCUCCAAAGGGCUUCUCACUCUGAUGUUCCGUGUGCUGUUUCCUCUCAGCUCUGGGAGCCAGCUACGUUCACUAGCAUUUGGGGAGCCAAGAGGGACCUUAGAGAUCAUCUGAUCCAAAUCCAUUUUAAGAUGAGGAAAUAGGCCUGAAAGGUAAAAAAAAAAAAAAAACAAAAAAAAAAAACUAAGGGCUUCCAGCUCUGACAUGGUGUUGUAACAUUCCCUCGGCCUCAGAGUCUCUUUGGGAAUUUUUGAUGGGCCACAAGACCCAGGUCCUAGAUGUGCAGGAGCUGGGACAGGAAGGAGGGUUACUGGACAUUCUCGACAAUAGGUAGCCUCGCUCUCCUUACUCUGCUCUCAUCCUUAAGCUCUACUGCUCUGGACCCUUUCCCCGGGCUGCCAGGUCCAUCCAAGCUACCUUCAUCCCACAUGCCAAGAGACAGUUACCUUUUAUUUCCUCUUUUAAUAAAAAGUUUCUCAAGCUUGCAUAUACAA